UAAUUUUUUUAGUAUUUAGUUUGGUAAUCAUGUAUUUUCAUGGCACAUUCAUUAAUUACUUGCUUAUUAACGUUUUAAUUUUGAGUGCAAAAGGUCUUUCCAAACUACAAGUGGUUGGGGGUAGAAAUGCCACAGAUAAAGAAUUUCCUUACACGGUCUCGUUAAGGGGCGAAAACCAACUGCACUACUGUGGAGGCUCCAUCAUAAGCCAAAAAUGGAUACUUACUGCUGGACAUUGCACACAAUUUGCUCAGUAUGUGCAUUACGGUACAGUCUGGCUUAACGAUGGCGAGUCACUAAACACCAUUAAAGUCAAAAAUCAGAUAUUGCACCCAUCGUUUUAUUCAGAUCUUAUACCGUAUUACGAUUUAGGUCUUUUGGAGUUGGUUGAACCUUUAUCCUUUAAUGAUCUUGUGCAACCUGUAAGCCUACCAACCAAAAAUCAACCAAUCCCUUUUAAUCAGUCAGGAAUUUUAACCGGUUGGGGCUUCCUAGCAAACGAAAAAUCAACAGACAUUUUACAAGAAGUUGACCUAAUACUUUUUGACGAUCACUACUGUGAUUUCCAGCUCAACGUCAACAUAAAUAACUCAUAUUUCGAUAGUGAAUUCAAUUUUUGUGCAGGUGAUUGGGAAAACACAAAGGGACAAUGCACUAUGGACUCUGGUGGUCCGCUGACUAUAAAUGGGACCCAAUGGGGUGUAGUGUCUUGGUCCUAUAAGCCUUGCGCCGUUCUUCCUGGCGUGUUUACCAGACUUGGCAAUCCGGAGUUUCGUGAAUGGAUCAGAAAUGUUACAGGAAUAUAAUUUAAUAUUUUUGUAGCUAUAUUAAAAUAAAUAAUAAAUAUUUUUAACCGA